GGGCCCAGACUGGCCCGCCGCCGUGGUCAGACCCGACUCCUAGGUGGGUUCCAUGGCUCCAGCAGCGGUUUGGAAUGUGACACACUGGGAGCAUCCGGCGAUAUUGACAGGGCGCCAUGAGGAUUUAAAAGGCCAUGUCCGCACCUCGACUCGCUGUUGAUUCUUUCCUCCUCAAGCAAGUCUUCUCUUUUAUCAUUCCCUUCAUUACUCUUCGCUUCAUUGACUGAAGCCUUCCACAUUCCUUGCGCAGGAUCGCUCGCUCUUUACCUACAAUCCACUACAUUCUCUACCUUUCUUUCUUUCCAUUACUACCACUAGCAUCAAAAUGCGUCACGCUCAGUCUGCCUCUCUCCUGACGGCCCUGCUGUCGGCCACCCAGGUUGCUGCCCACGGUCACGUCACCAACAUCGUCGUCGACGGUGUCUACUACGAGGGCUUCGACAUCAACAGCUUCCCUUACGAGUCUGACCCCCCGAAGGUGGCUGCCUGGACCACCCCCAACACUGGCAACGGCUUCAUCUCGCCCGAUGAGUACCGCAACCCCAACAUCAUCUGCCACGAGAACGCCACCAACGCUCAGGCCCACGUCGUCGUCGGUGCUGGUGAGAAGGUCAACAUCCAGUGGACCGCUUGGCCCGACUCCCACCACGGUCCCGUGCUCGACUACCUGGCGAACUGCGGUGACAGCUGUGAGACGGUCGACAAGACCACUCUCAAGUUCUUCAAGAUUGACGGCGUCGGUCUGAUCAGUGACACCGAGGUUCCCGGUACCUGGGGUACCGACCAGCUGAUCAACAACAACAACAGCUGGCUGGUCGAGAUCCCCCCGUCCAUCGCGCCGGGCAACUACGUCCUCCGUCACGAGCUGAUCGCUCUCCACAGUGCUGAGGAGGAGGAUGGUGCUCAGAACUACCCCCAGUGCUUCAACCUGCAGGUCACCGGUACUGGCACUGCCACCCCCUCCGGUGUCCUCGGUACUGAGCUCUACACGGCCACCGAGAACGGCAUCCUGGUCAACAUCUACUCGACCAUGAGCACCUACACCGUGCCCGGUCCUUCCCAGUACAGCGGUGCCGUCUCCGUCAGCCAGACCACCUCGGCCAUCACCUCGACCGGUACUGCCGUCACUGGCAGCGCCAGCGCCGCCGCUGUGGCGACUGCCUCCUCCAGCGUUGCUGCUGCCACCACUGCUGCUGAAUCUACCAGCGCCGCCGAUGUCACCAGCGUUCCCGCUGACACUGCCAUGGCCAUGUCCAGCAGCAGCACCCCUGUCGCCAGCUCCAGCUACACCCAGAUCCCCGUGCAGGUUCCCUCUUCCUGGACCACCCUCGUGACCAUCACCCCCGAGGCUGCCGCCACGACCUCGGUUGAGCCCGAGCAGCCCACCAUCACCUCCGCCCCGGCUGUCACCUCUGCUGCUGCCGGCUCUAGCGGCUCCCAGUCCAUGUACGGCCAGUGCGGUGGUAUCAACUGGACCGGUGCUACCCAGUGUGCUUCCGGUUCUAGCUGCCACUCCUACAACCCUUACUACUACCAGUGCAUUGCUAGUGCUUAGAUUACUUAGUGUACUACUUACUUACCCACCUUACCACUAUAUAGCAAUCGACUUGUGAUAUACCUACC